AAAACCUGUACAACAACAACAAAAAAGCGUUAAACGUAUGUGUCGCGGGAUGAUGACGUCGUUGUAGGACUCCAUAAACGCCAUGGCGGCUCAUGCUAGCGAGCUUGAGAUUGCGAAGAAAAAUUUAACUGAUGCAAUUGGCGAUAACGUCAAGCAUUACUGGGCAAACUUGAAGCUGUGGUUCAAACAAAAAAUCAGCAAGGAGGAGUUUGACAUCGAGGCUCGUCGUCUCUUGGCCCAGGAGAAUGUCCAUGUUCACAAUGAUUUUCUCCUGGCCAUUCUCACACGCUGCCAAAUCAUUGUGUCCACACCAGAGGGCGUAGGACCAUUACAGUGGCAAGGCAGCUUAGCCUCAAAGCCUGGAAAACCAAAAGGAAAGAAGAAAUGUUCCUCCAGACAAAAAUUUGAUCAUCGUUUCCAGCCACAGAACCCUCUGAGCGGCGCCCAGCCGUUCAGCCCCAGGGAGGUGGGAGGAGGUGAGGAGGAGGAGAUGCGUCUCAGUGCCCACACUCUGUUGCUGCCCACGCGAGGCCAGCUGGAGGCGCGCAUGAUGGUGACGGCCUUUGAGCUGAACCUGGACAACAUAACAGACGAUGCCGUCAGCAGCAUGAUCUACGCUGUGGAGCACCACUUGAAAGACGUCCUGACUGCUGUCAUCACCCGGAGGAAGGCUUAUAGGUUACGAGAUGGUCGAUUCCCGUACGCCUUUGGCAGCGAUGUGACGCCGCAGCCGUAUCUAAAAAACAGCCUUGCCGCUUACCACAGUGUUACUGAAUGUCCCCCUCCAAGUGCUUCCUUCGCCACUGGCCCGCCACCUCAAGUGUCACCCGAUGAGGCAGAGCAACAAGCUGUACACUUAUUGGCUUGUUCUGCUGGUUCUCUCCCUGCUCCCCUCCCUCCAAUAAACAUGUUUGACCUCCUGGAGGCUUUACAGGUCCACCACGGUGUGAUGCCCUCCCACACUAUGUACGCCCUGAACAUGGAGCGCAUCCUGUCACGGCUUUGGCACCCCAGCCACGAAGAACUGGAGCAGGACCACGUCCACCGGCAGCGCCUCGCCGCCAAGGAGGGCCUGCUCGUCAGCUGAGAACCUCUGAUGUAACUGCACGUGAACCGGGGGAACCUAAUGCAAAGACAACCCCAAACAUGGACGUGCACGGGGGACAGUGUGUCGUGAAUUCCUUUUUUCAUAAUACUUGGAACCGCACCUCCCUGUUGCACAAAGCGCUAGCGCCCGAGUCGUGAAAGAUUAAACUGAAUCGUUAGACAUUGGACACAGAGCGGGAAGUCUGUCGCCGCCCACCUGCCAGAAGCUGGAAAAUUGUUAUUAUUUUGGCCGUCAACCGACCAUCAUUGGACUGUUGAUGGUCAAACUGUUUAGUGUUUUUCUUCUUUUCUUAAAAUGUUGAAGGUAUUUCAUUUUAGGCAAUAACAGCGGGUGGAGCACUGGACAGAAAAAGUAAGUACCUAUUUGGCCAGGUUGCAUCAGUGUUUUGGACCAGUGGAGGCUGGGGGCAGCGUAGAGGUCAUCAAGCUUGAUUCACGAAUAAAAUGGAUAAAGAUUGAUUUGAGAAAUUGUCAACCUUCAAUCGCUGUCCGCACAUGGUCCUGAGGGUAAAGGUGGGUUUACGGUGGGUGCAGGGUCCUUUUGAAAUGUGCCGGACAGCUGCCUCCUGUGUCGUCACGGCCCUCGUGAACAUGCCUCGGAUCUGCCUCCGACGUAUCCCUGAAACAUUUACUGCAUUCUGUCGCGUUCAAAGACCAGCCAGAAUUUGUCAGUGUUGGUGGUCUGCAAUGUGUGUAACCUAAAGCCUUUGUGUGUCGGUGCAAUAUCUAUAUGUAGCAUUUUGUUCAGGCUAAAAUGUGUGUGUUUUCCCACACAAGCCCCUUUUGUCUAUUACAGUUUUGAAAAUAAAUAUUAUUUUUUCCACGGUA